UCUGGUAACUUGGGUUAUCCUGCAGCCGUUGGAAGUAACUCUACCUUUGACCUCAGUCCCAAGACCCUGGUGGGCGUGGGCGUGGGCCUGGUGGCGGUGGGCGGGGCCAGUUACCUACUGUACCGCCACCUGACCCGCGAUGUGAUGCCCCAAAAGUGGAGACGCGUGGGCACCGUGGAGAGGAUCCACUUCUUCCCGGUCAAAUCCUGUGCUCCUCUGGAGAUCUCGAAACCUGGAGUGGAGUUUGAAUGCGAUGUGCUGAGCAUGUCCUUUGAGGGAAUAAGGGAUCGCACCUUGAUGGUGGUCAACGACAAGAACGAAAUGGUAACAGCUCGGGUGUAUCCCCACAUGACCCAGAUCCACUCGAAGAAGGUAUCGCCUAGCAAGCUGCUCUUCAGCGCCCAGGACCUCCCCGACCUGGAGUUGGAUUUUGAAAGCCUGGAGGGCCCCGGAAAGGAUGAGCGCACGUCCGUUUGGGGCGUUCCUGUGGACGUGAUGCCCUGCGGAGAUCGGAUCAACAGGUGGUUCUCCCAGGCCAUCCUGAAGAAGGAGAGCGGCCUUAAGGUGGUUCACUACCCGUAUCCGAAGCCAGUGAUGAGCAUCAAUCCGCGCCUCAAGAAGAUGCCCUUCAUCAGACAGGAGGAUUCGGGAACCUUCAAUGAUGCCACCAGUUUUAUGCUGAUGAACCUUUCAUCGGUGGCCGAUCUUAAUACUCGACUAAAAAAUCCCGUGGAUGCGCUUCAGUUCCGCGGUAACUUCGAGCUGAAAAUGGAUGUGGAUGAGCCCUAUGCCGAGGACCACUGGCAAUGGCUACGUAUAGGCGAUGAUGCAGUAUUCCGAACGGUGGCUCCUUGCACGCGCUGCAUCUUUCCGAACAUAAAUGUGAAGACGGCUGAGAGGGACCCUGACGGGGAGCCAUUCAAGACGCUGAGAAGCUACCGGUUGUUCAACUACAGCUCACCGGCCCUGGGCAUUCAUUUGGGACUUCGCCUUCCGGGAAAGGUCAAGGCCAACGAUGUGGUGUACGUGGAGGACAAGUGAAGUCUCCAACGGCUCUUCCAAUAUCUAAACUUGUUUACAUUCACAUAUACCUAUUACAUAGAACAUAAAUGUUUUGGAAACCAAUACGCCGUUUAAACUACAAACAUACAAAUGCGUCCGAUAA